AUGUCUGUGAGUCAGGUUUCAAAGACUGAACUACCAAAUAGUUUGGACGAAGUGGUACGUAAUUUAGCUGCUGAACUCAAAACAACCACGAUAGAAGGUACUAUACCCAGAGUGGAAGAAGAAGAGGAUGAGGAAGAAGAGGAAGAGGAGGAGGAUGAUCACAUUUACAUUAAUGAAGAAACUGAAUGUGGACACAAACAGAUACUGGUAUCUCAUGCGCCACAGGAAAGAAUUGUUCCACCUUUGAACUUCUGUCCUGUAGAGAGAUUUCUUUAUAGGUCGGGACAACCAUCUCCUGUCAACUUCCCCUUCUUAUUAAACCUAGGACUGAAAACUAUCAUAUGGUUAGCUAACGAGGAACCUCAAGAUACUUUGUUGGAAUUUUGUGACUCUCAUGGGAUAGAGUUGCAAUUUGCAGCCAUUAAUCCCGAUGGUGGUGAAGAUGAUAAUCCUUGGGAUGGACUCACUGAACAUUCUAUUAUAAAUGCAUUGCAAACUAUUGUUACACAAGAUAAUUACCCCCUGCUGGUGUGCUGUGGUAUGGGAAGACAUAGAACUGGGACAGUCAUCGGAUGUUUAAGAAGAAUUAUGGGCUGGAAUCUAGCAAGCGUCUCCGAAGAAUAUAGAAGGUUUACUGGGAGCAGAGGUGGUAGAAUUCUGGUAGAACUAUUGAUCGAGGCAUUUGAUACUAAAUUAGUUAAGAUUAACGAAGAAAAAGCGCCAGAAUGGCUGCUGACGGCUUUGGAUUAA